CUUUGCAGUCCCAGUGUUUGCCUUUGCACCCUCAGAGGUCGAGCUUCCCGUUGAUCAACAAGUUUCUCAGGUCAUGGCUUCCCCCAGCAUUCUCCUGUCAGACGUGCAGUUUCAGUGUUGCAUCUGUCAGGAUGUUUUCUCCGAGCCAGUCUCCAUCCCCUGUGGUCACAGCUUCUGCUUCACCUGCAUCACAUCACACUGGAAUGACAGCCUUGCCAUCAGCUGUCCCAAAUGUCAGACAGUGUUCGAGGGCCGCCCAGAGCUUUGUGAAAACUAUUUCGCCAAGGAGAUGUCAGAGCAGAUCCGAGCAAGACGGCAGAAAGGCAUCAUGUCAGUGGCAGGAAAAACCAUAAAUUGUGAUGUGUGCGUCGGGAAGCAAACAACGGCCUUGAAGUCCUGCCUCAUGUGUCUGACCUCGUACUGUGAGAGUCACCUGGAGCCUCACCUGAGAGUUGCCACCUUGAAGAUUCACAAGCUGAUUGAACCUGUUGCAAUGCUGCAGAACAGGAUGUGUAAAAGGCACCAAAGGCUCCUGGAGCUGUAUUGCAGGAGUGACCAGAGGUGCGUGUGUGUGCUGUGCACUGAGACCGACCACCGCUGUCAUGACUUUGUCCCAGUGGAGCGAGAGAGUCAGGCAAAGAAGGCUGAGAUGAAAGGGAUGGAGGCUGAUGUUCAGCAGAUGAUCCAGGACAGGCUGCAAAAAGUGGAGGAGAUCAGACACUCCGUGGCACUCAGCAAAGAAAACUCAAAGAGGGACAUUAGGGAAAGCUUGGAGGUCUUCUCCGUUCUGUUUCGUUACAUGGAGAGGACUCAGGCCGAGCUGGUGGACAAGAUCCAGAAGAAGCAGGCGGCAGCAGAGAAGAGGGCAGAGAGACUCGUCGCUGAGCUGGAGCUGGAAAUCAGUGAGCUGGAGAGGAAGAGAAGUGAGAUGGAGCAGCUUUCUCACUCUGAGGAUCAUCUCCAUCUUCUGCAGAGGUUUCCAGCUCUGAGUUCUCCUCCCUCUGCCAAAGCCUGCUCUGGCAUCAUCGUCCAUUCAGACACAUGCUUGGGGACUGUUAGGAGAGCGGUGGCCAACAUUGAAGAGCAGCUCCAGUUGGCUUUGAAAAAGUUUUCCAUUCAAGAGCAUGAGAAGAUGCAGCAAUAUGCAGUUGAUGUUCAGCUGGACCCGAGGACAGCCAACCCUUGGCUGGUUCUGUCCGAGGAUGGGAGACAGGUCUGUGAUGGAGAUGUUGAACAGAACCUGGUGGACAUUCAGGAGCGUUUUGACACAGCACCGUGUGUCCUCGCCACCCAGGGUUUCACCACAGGGAGGCACUACUGGGAGGUCAGCGUGGGGGAAAAAACAGCUUGGGACUUGGGUGUAGCUCAACAGUCUGUCAACAGGAAAGGUGUGGUGACACUGUGCCCAGAGGACGGCUAUUGGACUGUUUGUUUGAGGAAGGGCAGUGAGUACCGUGCAUGUGCAGGACAGGCGGAGCUGCUGUGUCUCUCUCAGAGGCCGCAGGUUGUUGGGAUGUUUUUGGAUUAUGAGGAUGGGGCGGUGUCCUUUUAUGAUGCAGAGACUCAGUCACACAUCUAUUCCUUUACACAGUGCCAAUUCACUGAGGCCAUGUUUCCCUUUUUUAACCCAGAAAUGAGUGACGGUGGCAACAACAAAUCACCACUCAUCAUCCGCCCUGUCAGAGGAGUCAAUGGAGCUGGGGAUUUAGAUGAUAUUACAAUAUGAUAUAAAUUAUAUCAUAUAUUAUAACAAAGAUUUUUUUUUUAAUUUAAACAGUAUAAAACUGUUGUCUUUGUCGUCUCAAACACUUGUGCUUAUGCUCCUCAUCACCAUUUGAUGUUUCAUUCACGGCAACAACUACUCUAACUUAUGAAUUCUGCAUAACUUACGUCUAACUUCCUCUUUAUCCACAAUAAACUUUACACAGUUGUAUAUGCUUAC